GAAUACCGUCUGGACGACUGGAACUCUUGCUGCUCUGCCGGUUCGCUCUUCUCGCCCUCGGUCUCCGACGAGGAGAUGGCCCAAGAAGAGCGCUGGUUCAACAGCGACAGCGAUGUGGAUGAGGACGGGGCAAAUUCAUCUGCUGAGGAGCAGCAGCUUCCGUCGCACACGGAGUCCGCGCCGUCACUUCGUGGUGGGCGCCCGCCUCUGCCACCGCCAAAGCAGGUCUGGCAGGCGUCGUCCGCCCCCGCGCUCCCGCAGGCCGGUGACCGGUUGUCGGAUGAGGAGCCAGAAGAGGAGCAACCAUCUUUUGAGACUGACGAGGCCAUGGCUGAGGCAGAAAGAGCACGGCAAGAGGCCGAGGAGGCCAUUCAGCAGGCCCGCUCAGAGCAGCUAAGAGCGAUGCUGGAGGUUGAAGAGACCAAGAAGCAGGCGCGUGCUGAGCAAGAGAAAUUUUUCCGAGAGGCCGAAGAGGCCAAGAAGAAGGCUCGCGAAGAGCAAGAGCAGUACCUGCGCGAAGCUGCGGAGGCGAAGCAGAAGGCUCGCGAAGAGCAUGAGAAGUUCCUCCAAGAGGCCGAAGAGGCCAGCAAGAAGGCCGUGGCCGAGCACAAGAAGGCCACGGAGGAAGCCGAGGAAGCGAAGCUGCAGGCGCAAAGAGAGCAAGAAAGGUUCCUCCAAGAGGCCGAAGAGGCCAAGAAGAAGGCCUUGGCGGAGCAACAAAAGGCCGCAGAAGAGGCAGAGGAGGCAAAGUUGAAGGCUUUGGCCGAACAGCAGAAGGCGGCUGAUGAAGCCGAAGAAGCCAAGCUGAAGGCUUUGGCCGAACAGCAGAAAGCAGCAGAAGAAGCAGAAGAGGCCAAGCUGAAGGCGCGCGCAGAGCAGGAACGGUUCCUCCAAGAGGCCGAAGAGGCCAAGCAGAAGGUGCUGGCGGAACAACAAAGGGCCGCUGAAGAGGCGGAGGAGGCUAAGUUGAAGGCUCUGGCCGAACAGCAAAAGGCGGCAGAAGAAGCUGAAGAAGCCAAGCUGAAGGCGCGUGAAGAGCAAGAAAAGUUCCUCCGAGAGGCCGAAGAGGCCAAGCAGAAGGCUUUGGCGGAGCAGCAAAAAGCCACAAAAGAAGCAGAGGAGGCGAAGUUAAAGGCUUUGGCCCAGCAGCAGAAGGCGGCAGAAGAAGCCGAAGAAGCCAGACUGAAGGCUUUGGCGGAACAGCAGAAGGCAGCCGAAGAAGCCGAAGAGGCCAAGCUGAAGGCGCGUGCAGAGCAAGAAAGGUUCCUCCAAGAGGCCGAAGAGGCCAAGCAGAAGGCUUUGGCCGAACAGCAAAAGGCGGCAGAAGAAGCCGAAGAAGCAAAGCUGAAGGCGCGUGAAGAGCAAGAAAAGUUCCUCCGAGAGGCCGAAGAGGCCAAGCAGAAGGCUUUGGCGGAGCAGCAAAAAGCCGCGGAAGAAGCAGAAGAGGCCAAGUGGAAGGCUUUGGCCCAGCAGCAGAAGGCGGCAGAAGAAGCCGAAGAAGCCAGACUGAAGGCUUUGGCGGAACAGCAGAAGGCAGCCGAAGAAGCCGAAGAGGCCAAGCUGAAGGCGCGUGCAGAGCAAGAAAGGUUCCUCCAAGAGGCCGAAGUGGCCAAGCAGAAGGCUCUGGCCGAACAGCAAAAGGCGGCAGAAGAAGCCGAAGAAGCAAAGCUGAAGGCGUUGGCUGAACAGCAGAAAGCUGCAGAGGAAGCCGAAGAAGCCAAGCAAAAGGCACGCGAGGAGCAGGAGAGGUUCCUCCAAGAUGCCGAAGAGGCCAAGCAGAAGGCCUUGGCGGAACGACAAAAGGCCACGGAAGCAGCAGAGGAGGCAAAGUUGAAGGCGUUGGCCGAGCAGCAGAAGGCGGCUGAAGAAGCCGAAGAAGCCAAGCUCAAGGCACGCGAAGAGCAAGCGAGGUUUCUCCAAGAGGCGGAAGAGGCAAAGCAGAAGGCCCUGGCGGAGCAACAAAAAGCUGCCGAGGAAGCGGAGGAAGCAAAGUUGAAGGCUUUGGCAGAACAGCAGAAGGCUGCGGAAGAAGCCGAAGAAGCAAAGCUGAAG